CACCAAUUAACUAGCAAUGAAUAUAAUUAAAAUGUGUGGUUUGAAGCGUUAGGGUGUGGAUAUUUUACACGUUUUUUACAAGCUUCAAGCAAACAGACAAACAGCUCAAGAAACUACCAAUAAUACAGACAAGAAUCAUAGAAGCAGCUCCAAGAGGGACGGGACAAGAUGAAGUGGACGUUAGCGUUUCUUAUAGCGGCUACAAUUAUCGGCUAUAGCCAAGCCGCACACACGGAGGUAGGAGUGGCUCCUAGCUUUAACAGUGAGCAAGAAGAUGUGGUUGUCUUUGCAACCAACGCUGAUGGAUCUAAUUCAGAUCUUAGCCUACAAUGCGAUGUUUCUGGGACCCCUACACCUACCGUGACUUGGUACAGGGGAGAUGACGUGGUUGACGCUAGUUUUGUGCUUUCGAAUGGUACCUUCUUGUUUCAAAAUAUCACUAAGGGAGACUAUGCUUCCACGGCUGGAGUUAUCUAUCACUGUGAGGCUACUAACACCAUUGGAGAGCCUGGCUUCAUUGCAACCAUCCGUAGUAGAGACAUCACUGUCCACUAUGCAUUUUUCGGUGGCUUUAUGCCAGCUGAGGAAGAGCGUACGUUUAUACCCACUGCACCUGCUGUUCCAUUGCCUGGUAUGCUUAUUGGUAUCGACAUAGCUCUUGAGUGCAGGGUUGGGGACUCGCAGCCACCUCCAGACAUCGUGUGGUUUCAAGACGAUUUUGUAGCACCUUUAGUCGAGGACAAAGACGGUAAUGCCAUAAGGUUUCUGGAGGGUGGAAGAUGGGCCUACAUUCGAGAUAUUGAGACUUUCCCACACGAGUAUCACUGUGAAGUAAGCAAUGCUCGAAUGAACGGAUCAGAGAGAAGCCCUCAGACGUAUUUUGUCAAUGGUACUGGACUAGAUGAAACGAAUUUUGUGUACAAGGAAAUAGGAGAUCUCACGGCUUUGUCGACUGAUAACUUUGAAUUCAGCUAUGUUUCUUCAGAAGGGACAGCAAAUCGUGCUUGUCUUUUCUAUUUUAAUGGUGUUCAAAUUCCUGCCUUAGGAGCAGUAGGUGCGAUCACAAAUUUAUUACCUCCUCCCCCAUCUCUGGUCACUCUGCAAUGCAGAUCCAACCAAGUCAAUGUUGUCAGUAGUGGAACAGUCACAGUGCAACAAAGAGCCAUGAUAAUGAUGGAUCCCUUGGACUCACGUGAAGUGAUUGUAGGAUCAAGCUCUGCUAUGCCUACCUCCUUCUCCUGUGCCAACACUGGCUUCCCUGCACCCUCAACAGUGUGGUACUUCAAUGGAGAUAGAGUUGACUCUUCAUUCGUUGGAAUUGUCUUUGACGACACUAUGCUAACUAUUGAAAACCCUCAAGUCAGUCACUCUGGAGUGUACCAGUGCUUUGUCAGUAAUAUAGUGUCUGAAGAUAAUGCUGCCUGGUUGUUGGAGGUCAGAGCUCCAGUUGCACCCAUUGCCCUGGCUUUCAAUGAGACUGCCAUUGCUGGAGCAAUGAGAGACAGACAAGUUGGUACUCUCUUUAUGGGUGACUUUGGGACCAUGGUCACAGUACCUGUGUCUGUGGAGGCUGACCCAUGCCCGAGUGUACAGUGGUCCUUCAAGGGCUCGAACAUUGCUAACGGAGACAAGUACACUAUCACCAACCCUUGCAGUGAUACUAAUGCGGCAUCUCCCUUCACGUUUAUGUUGACCGUGACUAAUCUGACCAAUGAAACAUCAGGAGCUUAUUUUGCCACCUUUAGCAAUCUCGCUGGAAGUGGGAGUCUUUCAGCCGUGUACAUUACUAUACCAGUUGCCACUAGCGAUCCAAUUUCUUCAUUGAGCUUGUCAGUUAUUGAUAACCCUGCUGCCAUGUGUCUACUCAACGCCAGCACUGUCACCAUGACUUGCCAAACCAAUGGCUUCCCACGGCCUGAAGUAAAAUUUCUAAUGGGGCGCAACAUCAUCACUCCAGGAGAGGGGAACUUCCUAAGAGUCUCACAAACCUUUGCCGACCAAAUACAACUGUCUGAUAUUGUAACGGAAGAUGCUGGAAUAUACAGAUGUGAACGUUCAAGUGAAUCUAUUGAAUUUGCCGAGGAGCCAUUUGUAUUUUGCACCGAGCCGUUCGUCACAAACUUUAGUUCAUCACCAAACACAAUAGAAGGCGCUGAACUGGAGGUGGAUUGUGAGAUCAUGGGCAUCCCCACACCGACAAUUACGUGGCUUAAAGGUGGCAAUAUGCUCUCUUCAGGAGAGGAUAUCAGUAUUGUUACGCCUUCUGGCAACCUGUUUCUGUCUCGAGUAACUAUCGACAGUGCCACAUCAGCCAAUGCUGGUACAUACACUUGUGUGGGGACUAAUCCAGCCGGAACAGUUACCAGGGACAUCAGUGUGGAGGUCAAUGCAGGCCUAGUUGCUGGCUUAUCUCUGGCGGAGAUCAUCGGUAUAGCAGCCGGGGGUGCUGGUUUCAUCUUAGUGAUUGUAUUGAUCAUUCUCCUCCUGGUGUGCGUUUACAUGUGUGCCAGGAGCUCCAAAUCAGUUGAUCUGGCGCCCUACAAUGUCUCAGGGGGAAAAUCAUACACUGACUAUAGCGCUGAUCCACGUGGCAAUGUUGACAGAGACAGUGAUGAGGAAGAUGUGGCACAACCCGAGGCAUUUAGCCCAGAGUAUGAGAGUCUGCCUGCACUUCGACCUGCUGCUCCUCCCAUGUAUAAGCCCACCCCCAACUACCCACACGGAGCUCCACUCGGAGGUGAUGACAUUGAGAUGAUGAAAGUGCCUCCUCCGGACACCGACUCUUUUGUGGGUGCUCCUGCUUACAGACGAGACAACGGUGACUACAGACCUAGCCCCGACGAUUUCCUAUCAGAAGAUGCACAGUUUGUGUGAACAGAAUCAUGAGCAACUCUCUCUAUAGGCAAAUGUUAUCUUCUCAUUACCCGGGAAAAAAAUGUCUCGAGUAUAAUAUAAAAUAAUAUUAUAAUUAUUAUAGAUUCUAGUUUCUUGAAUACUCUUUAUAGUGCAUAAUGUUUUUAAUGCAGUUGCUCCCUCGAACUAUCUAUUUUCACUAUUAUUUUUCAUUUACACACAUUUAUUAGAAAUAGAUUCUUUUGUUGUGUAAAAUAAUGUAUAAAUUCAAAUUAAAUUUUGUGUUGUCUAUGAGAAUUAAAUAUAAAAAAGCAAAAAAAAAAAAAAUUAUUAUUAUUGAUUUUUUGCGG